AUGGCGAGGGACCAGCCGGCACAGGAAAAUGCACAGAAGCAAGGCGCGGAUGCGUUGGACAUCCCACCGGGGUUUGACAGAGACCGGCUGGUGGAAGUUUUGAAGAUGAAGGAACAGGCCAAUGAGAAGUACCGGGGAGGCGACUACUUCAGUGCAAAGUGUCUCUACUCCGGGAGCUUGGAGAUGCUAGAACGAUGCUGCUUACACCUUACAAAGUCUGAUGAGGUUUGGGAAGGCAUCAAGAACAACAUGGCCCUCUGUGACUUGAAAAGGCGUGAGUGGGCCCGCGCUGUGGACACCACUACGGAGAUCCUUCAGAGGAACUCCAAGAACACCAAGGCCAUCUACCGGCGUGGGGUGGCCCGCAUCGGCCAGGGAAAGCUCCGAGAGGCCCGAGAAGACUUGGAGGCGGUGGUAGAGUUGGAGCCCGAGAACGCGGAUGCCCGCCAGAAGCUCGCCGAGAUCUUGAGGCAGCUCAAGGCCAACCGCACCGCUGAGAAGGAUCAGGCAGACAAGAUGCGUGGCUUCUUGAGAGGAGAGCGCCUCGACGACACCGUGCCAAUCACCGAGGAUGGCGGUGUUCGAAAGCUUCACUCCAAUGAGAACGCCCCCCUCUUCGCCUCGUGGAUUAAGCGGUCUUGGCUCCAAGAGCGGAGUGGCGUCGCCGGUGUCGUCACCGCCCAUGUGGUCAUGAAAACCCAAGCCGGCAAGGAGCUUCUGAACACCCGCAAGCCUCCGGGGAGCCUCUCUGCCGAGCCCGGGCCCCAAAUGGCAGCACAGCCAAAGGCUGCAGAGCGACCGGCAGAGCCGGCACGCUGGGUCAUGGACGAUGCCUCGAAGUCCGUGUUUCAGGCUUGGAACAGUGCUGGCAAGACUUUGCAACUCUUUGAGCUUGGGAAGUUCGAGGUGUCACGGUCUGCACUGGGUCCAUCCGUGGAAGCUGCAAUUCGAAGUUGUCUUGACAAGUGGCUGCCCGACACGCCGGAGCAGCGUGAGCUCUACAAGAACAUGGAGGAGAUCAAGCCCACCGCCCUUCGCCGCCAGGCGAUUCAGAUCCUCGGCCUACCUGAGGAGUUCUGCAUGGAGGAGGAGAAGGAGCCGAACAGUACUCUGAUGAUGGAGAUGGAGCUCUUGGAGUCGUCAGAGUUCACAGACCUAGAUGGGGAUGGCCGGCGCCUCCUCAAUGUCAUCAAAGAAGGCAAGCAGAGCCAAAAUGCCCCGGUGGUUUCUGAGCUUUGCACCGUCCAGGCACACUUCCGAGUCGCGAAGCUCUUGAUGAACUACGCUCUGAAAGACACCCGGUUGGGCCUUGCCAACGGACCUGACGGCUUGGUCUUACGUGCAGAUCGUAUGAAGGAGCCCAUGGAGUUCAUCGUCGGAGAAGAGGCUGCAGCUGCGGAGGGCGAGUUUGUGCCUCCUUGCGUCGGUGAGUGCCUGAAGCUGCCACCUCAAGGUGUCACCGAAGGGAUGCACUUCGAGGUGAUUCUCAGGGAGGGUGUCCCCAUCAGGGACAUGGAGAAGGACAUCCAUAGCGCCUACAGCGACGGGAAGUACACGGGCUUGCCCGACACCAGCGGCCCGGUCUCCAUCCGCAUCGAGGUGGAGAAGGUGGUUUUGGCCUGCCAAGGCCCCACAGAUCGCGCUUGGAAGGGCCUGGAGAGCAUCCAGGCAGAGCGAAGCCGGGCAGAAGCCCUAGAGUCCAUGGAGAAUGGCCGCCACAAGCUCUUAGCCCUUAAGAGGUGGAGGCGUAUCCUUGUCUGGUUCGAGGAAAUCUUUGCAAGCCGACGCUGGAAGACUCAAGGGGGUAAAGCUGGAGACAGCAUGUACGACCUGCAGUGGGAUGACGAGCCGGAGAAGCAGUUUGCCUUUGAUCCCAAGAGGAGGCCCCAAGAGAAGAUCCCCCAGCUGCUGGACUUUGAGGACAGCCUCCUGAAACAGCUCCACGAUGGCGAGCUCUGUGAGUUUGCGCGGGCGCAUGCUGCUGCAGCUGCACUCCUCGGCGGUGAGCUUUCUCGACAGCACGCUCAUUGCGCGGUCCAGGCGUGUGGAAUCUCCAGCAUUCCGGCGGAGGUCGAGGUCAAGAGCAGAUCUACCCUGGCCUGGCGGCUCUUAGAGAGCGGGAAGUCAACCGAAGCUUUAUCUGUGCUGAAGGAGGCCACUGCCCUUGACCCUCAGAAUACGGAGUUGAAGGACCAAGUCGCCCUCAUAACUCAGAAGGACAAUGAGACCAAGUCGGUGAGCACAUUGGAGGCCAUGAAGGCCCUGAAGCAAGAUCUCAUUGACAGCUUUGAGGCAAAUGAUUUGGCAGGCCUGAAGCUGCUUCUACAGGAGCUGGACUCACUACCGCUGACCUGGGAGGUGGCGUCUGAAACCAAAAUUGGCAAAGAAGUCGGGAUGUGCGCAAAGCACUCUGAUGCGGCCGUCGCGGAGCCUGCGAAGUCCAUCAUUGCCCGGCUGCAUAAGCUGGCGAAGGCAGAGCGACCCUUGUGGGUGCGCUGA